AUUUUGCAAAGUACCUCGCGCCUGUAAUUUCCUCGGAGGCUUUACCAGAUCCUUGACCAUGACUGCGGCUGCUCCCACUCCAUGCCUGUGCAAACCGAGGCGCGGAAGCGCCAGGAUCCCCUGCGGAGCUGGCCCCGGGGCCACGUGGCUGCGACGGGAUUAGAACUGCGACCCUCCUUGGCCCAGGCUCCUCCCUCCCGCCUCUCCUCCCCCUCUUCCCCCUCCACACCGCCCCAGUGCGCUCAUCCCCAGCACUGGGCUAGGGUCUUCUUCGCCUCUGCCACGAGCUCGCGAUCCGGGUUGCAGCACCGCCCACGGUAGGCAAGGGCCCCGGUGCCCCCACCAGGCACCAUGGACUGGAAGACACUCCAGAGCCUCCUGAGCGGCGUGAACAAGUAUUCCACAGCAUUUGGGCGCAUCUGGCUAUCGGUCGUGUUCGUCUUCCGGGUCCUAGUGUACGUGGUGGCUGCAGAGCGUGUGUGGGGCGACGAGCAAAAAGACUUUGACUGCAACACCAAGCAGCCGGGCUGCACCAACGCAUGCUAUGACGACUACUUCCCCAUCUCCAACAUCCGGCUCUGGGCACUGCAGCUCAUCUUUGUCACAUGCCCCUCAUUGCUGGUUAUUCUGCACGUGGCCUACCGCGAGGAGCGGGAGCGGCGACACCGCCAGAAGUACGGGGAACAGUGCACCAAGCUGUACAGCAACACUGGCAAGAAGCACGGCGGCCUGUGGUGGACCUACCUGUUCAGUCUCAUCUUCAAGCUCAUCAUCGAGUUGCUGUUCCUCUACGUGCUGCAUACCCUCUGGCACGGCUUCGGCAUGCCGCGCCUGGUUCAGUGUACCAGCGUGGCACCCUGCCCCAACACUGUGGACUGCUACAUCGCGCGGCCCACUGAAAAGAAAAUCUUUACCUACUUCAUGGUGGGAGCCUCGGCGGUCUGCAUCGUGCUCACCAUCUGCGAGAUCUGCUACCUCAUCUUCCACAGGAUCAUGCGUGGCCUGGGCAAGAGCAAGCUUUCCAGGGGCCACAGCGCCUCGUCCUCCACCUGCCGCUGCCACCAUAAGCUGGUGGAAGCCGGGGAGCUGGGUCCUGACCUCGGCGAUGCCAAGCAGGCUUCAGCACCCAAGCUGACCCCGAUCUGAUCUCAGGCUGGGGAGCAAGGUAGAGGGCUCCUAGGGGUGCUGGCUGCCCUCACCUUGCAUUCACUAUGCUAUCCAGUUUUGUUUGUGCAGAUAGCUUCAGGUGCUGAGUGUUGUGCUCUCUUCCUGGGCACAGGUAACUCGAAAGGCCCUACGUUUGCCUGAGAAAGAGACAGUUCAAACCUGUAACUGCUGUGGGCCUGCAAGGGUGUGCUGGGCUGUUCCUAGGAGGCUUCUCCCUGGCCGCAGGGAAUGAUGGGGCCAGGCUUCUCUGGAGAGAUAAGUGC